AUGUCUUCAACAGCAGCGCUAGGAGCAGAGCCUCCACAAAAGACAGCCGAAGAAUUAGAAAAGGAGGAAGAAUUACUCUUUGAAAAAGGACCACUUUCAUUGUUGUUAGAAAGUGUCCGAGAACAAACUCAAAUUUUGAUCAGUUGUAGGAACAAUAGAAAAUUACUGGCGAGAGUGAAAGCUUUCGACCGACAUUGUAACAUGGUAUUGGAAAAUGUUCAAGAAAUGUGGACGGAGCAACCAAAGAGCGGAAAAGGAAGAAAGAAAGCAAAGCCAAUCAACAAGACUAGGUUUACAAACAAGAUGUUUCUAAGAGGAGAUUCUGUAAUUUUAGUUUUGCGAAAUCCAAAGAGAUGA